GGUCUACCGGCCCUUCCUCAAUCGUGUUGAACUUGAGUCAAUGAAGAUUGACAAGGCAGUGGCCGGAGGUUCUCGUGGUUACAGUCAUCACUCGUCGCAGUCUUUCUGAGUCGUCCUCUCUCUCUCUCUCUCUCUCUCUCUCUCUCUCUCUCUCCGAUUGCCUCAUUGCUUCAAAUAUCUACUCCCCCACUAUCUCCUCUUUCUCUCUCUGUGAGUGUGUCCUGUCUUGAGUCUUUUCUUCUUCAAUUGCGGAUUCGUAUUUCUCUAUCGAGAGUCGAGACUGUACUGGGAAUUAAGAGAUGCAGGAGAUUUCCAAGGCUGCAAUUGAAUGCAUGGAGGGUGUUUUAGAGGAGAAAGAGGCGGCCGACUGGAUUUACAGAGGAGAAGGGGCUGUGAAUCUUGUCCUUGCUUACAACGGAUCUUCUCCUGAUUUUGUUGGAAAAGUGUUACGCAUACAGAAGGCUCCCCGGGGCAGAUCCCUAUGUCCUACUGAUACCUCAGUUUUGUCCAUGUUCGAAUGCCUUCUUUGGAAAGAUAUCAAUGAGCUUGUGUCAUCCACUUCAAAGGAAGUUGUUGGACAACUAUUUGCGCUCUAUGUGAUGAGACCCUUGCUAGGUUCUGAACAUGUUGAUGUUGGGAUGCGUGUCCUUGUGUCUAGAAGAUUCUUGGAAUCUAUUGAAAACAAUGUUCAUUGUCAGCGCCCUGCUUGGAGAGUAGAUGCUGCCAAGGUUGAUACCCUGUGUGAUUCAGCUCUUCUUAUUUCUGAUCAUUCAGUUUUCCCCCGUGGUGCUCUUAAAGAGAGUCUCUGCAUAUCAGUUGAAAUAAAGCCCAAAUGUGGAUUUGUUCCAUGUUCAAAAUUCAUAGCUGAAGGAAAUGCUAUUAAAAGGAGUAUAACUCGUUUCAGAAUGCACCAAGUUCUGAAGCUUCAUCAAGGAGAGAUUUCACAGAUCAGCGAAUACGAUCCACUAGAUCUGUUCUCUGGAUCCAGUGACAGAAUACAUAAGGCUAUCAAGGCUCUCUUUACCACACCACAGAACAAUUUUCGCAUAUUCCGGAAUGGGUCUCUGAUUUUUGGUGGCUUGGGAGGUGGCACACACAAUACUAAUUUUGUGGGUAGCGAGGCAUUUGAAGAUUUGAUUGAGGGUCUUAUUCAGACGGACUGUGGCCUGAGUACAGCAAGUUUUUUACAGCUUGUAUCAGAGACAAUUUUCAGAUCAGGAAUGUUGGACCGACUUUUGGAAGCACAGAAACUUGAUAUGCUUGACAUAGAAGGGGCUAUUCAUGCAUACUACAACAUUGUUUCUCAGCCUUGCAAGGUAUGUAGAGAUUUGGGUGACGGCGAAUUCUCAAGCAUAUAUUCGUCUCUGCAUUCUAUUUCGUUGGAAGAAAGCUUGAAGAUUGUGCGGGAUUAUUUGAUAGCUUCAACUGCAAAGGAUUGUAGUCUGAUGAUCAGCUUUAGAUCAAGGGAAGAUGGGGAUCCAGGGUCCCCACAAAGCAAUGUAUGCCUGGAGUCAACAAACCAAAGCUUUGAGUACAAGGCGUAUUUCAUUGAUCUGGAUAUGAAACCAUUGGAUAAGAUGGUGUACUACUAUGAAUUGGACCAGAAGAUAGUGAGCUGCUACACUCAAAUGGAGAGGACAUAGAUGGACCAUCAUAGUUUGCUCACAGUGGGGGUUCUAAGAUUCCCAAGAUUCAAAUCGAUAACAGUGAUGAAUGUCCUCACUGAAAGUUCUGCAGGUAGUGCCAAGUACUUUGUUUAGAUUCUGUGGUUCAACUUAGAUGAUGUUGGAGAUGUUAUAGCCUCAUGGUUCUCUUUUGUAAAUUGUAAUGUCACCUCCAAGUUGAAUACCCUCAUCUUUCAUGCAAAAAACAUUGUGUACUGAAAUUAAAGUUCAGGUUCUCAGGGAGGGGAGCUUUCAAAUCUUUCUACUGUUUCUCAAUUUUUCUCAUAUUCCUGUGUCUGCAUGAUAAGUAACAGUCUCUGUUUAUGUUGUUUCCUCGAUGUUCUCAGUUUUGAUCACAUGUUUUGUAUCUGGGUGGAAAUACAUGAUUAUUAAUUUUAUCAUUAUUAUUGGAUGGAAAGAGAAUAUUAUUAUUGCUAUUGCAUUUUGCUUC